AUGGCGGCAUUUCUUUCUCUCCCGCCAUCGAGGAUCUCCGCGAGCAGCCUAGGGUUUCGUUCAAGCGACGCUGUGCGAUCGCAAUGCGCUCCAAGGCGGAGGUACAAGCGCGCGUCUCGUCUUCCCCUUCACACUCCCGAUCACUGGGGAUUGGCGGUGCAGGAGCCCGAGAUUGAGAGCAGUGAGGAGGGAUGCCGGGAGCAAGUGAUGGAUUUCCUCCGCGGCGAGGGUAUUUCCGGCGGCGACAUCGACCAACUCGAUCUUCCACUCUCGGUCGACGUGGUGCGAGAGCGGCUGGAAUUCCUUGCAAGCAUUGGGCUAGAGAAGGCGCACAUCUUGAGGUAUCCAGUAGUUCUUACAUGUAGUGUUAAACGCAACAUGGUUCCAGUGAUCGACUACCUCGACAAGCUGGGAUUUACUCCGGAGGAGCUUCCGGCGUUGCUGACGCAGUUUCCGAUGAUCCUCUACUCCAGCAUCGCGAUAGAUUUGACGCCGAUCGUGGACUACUUGCUAGGCUAUGGGAUCUCCCUGGAAAAUAUUCCAAAGGUUCUACUACGCUACCCGGAUGUUCUUGGUUUCAAGCGAGAAGGGACCAUGAGCACAUCGGUGGCAUACCUGGUGAGCAUUGGAGUAAACACUCGACAGAUUGGGCCGAUGCUUACGCGGUUCCCGGAACUUCUUGGCAUGAGAGUCGGGAACAACAUAAAAAGGAAGGUGGAUUUCUACCGUGGUCUGGGGUUUACAAAGGAGGAGAUAGCGAGGUUGCUAGAGAAGCAUCCUUACGUACUGGGUUUUGAUUUGGAGGAAAAUGUGAAAGCAAAGGUGGAGUGUCUACUACAGGCAGGGAUCCAAGAGAAAGAGCUGCCAUCGUUUAUAGCUCGAUUCCCGGACGUGUUUGAGCUCGACUUGAGGGCUAAGCUCGCAGAGAAGACGGCCUGGUUGACGAAUGAAAUCUUCUUGCGACCGUCAGACGUUCCUCGAGUGUUUGAGAGGCUGCCUCAGAUGCUUGUGAUCAACGAAAAGAUGGCCGGGGAAAAGGUGAAGUUUCUGCAAGGAACAGGAAUCAGCGCUGGUGACAUAGCAAAGAUGGUUGUCGAUUGUCCACAGAUUUUGGCGGUCAAGCUGGAGGAAACGUUGAAGCCGAACCUGGCUUUUUUCCAGCAGAAGAUGAGAAAGCCAUUAUCAGAGCUGCUGGCAUUUCCCGUCUACUUGACUUACGACCUUGCACGGAGGAUAAAGCCCCGGUACCGGAUGGUAGAGAGGAAGAAGAUCAAUUGCAGCCUUGCCUGGUUCCUGGCUUGCAGUGACGACAAGUUUAAGCGGAGGAUGAGUGUCCAGUUUAUGGAAGCUCCUCCUCAGGCUCAUACGGGCAGUGCAGUUUUCGACGAAGAGGAUGACGACGACGAUUCUGAGAUGGUUGAGGACACAGGUGAUAUAGGUGACGGCGAUGGCAAUGACAGUAGUGGAAGUGAAGGAGGAGAACAGACUGUUCAAGCAUCUGUCCAGCGCAAGGAUUCAAUAAGUCAACAGGCAAGCUCAAGGUAA